AUGGAUCAACAACAAAUAGUUGUGUUGCCAUAUCAGCUGAUCAAGCAAAUUGUCAGACUGCUGCUGAAUGUUGAGCUGCAUAAUGAGAGACGGCUGGGUCACUCAUUGGACUACUACAACAACAAAGUGAUGCUCACGCUUGCACUCGUGAGUCGCACAUUCCACGAUGUUGUGGCGACGACCCAUGUGGCAAUGACAACACGCGACAAUACUUGCUCACAUGCUGCUGAAAUAUGGGAUGCAGACCUGCUUGCAUCUCUCAGUCGACUCAACAUCAAAGUCACAGGAUGUACCAGUGCGGACGAUUUCCUACAGUUGGCACGCAGAGGCGCACCACUGGAGCGUGUCGGCACAAUGGACUUUAAGGAUGACCGAGAUGGUCAGAUGGUGCGAUGCAUGAAACGGUUGGCUCAAGUCAAGGACACUCUUUCCAGCAUCUCACUGUGCAUGCCAAUGGAGCAACCUAGAAAGAGAUCUCAAUGGCCCAUGUCACUGAUCGUACUGCCUAGUCUCUGCAACCUGACUCAUGUCAGCAUUCUCAAUCACUACGAUAACCAAUACGAGGUGGUGUGGAAGUUCUAUGUGGGAUUAUACCUCUUCCUGCCGCUGCUGCCCUUGCUACAACACCUCGAGGUUGGUCCACAUUCCAGCAAUCGGAACACCAACUAUAAUUUUACUCCUCUCCUUCUACAAUAUCUCAAACAACAACGCUCAUUGACGUCUCUGCGAGUCACUCAAUGCUUUGAUCAAAGGGGUCGGCCACAGUUCCUGGAGUAUGUGCUCCAGAGUCCCCAAUGCACAAUAAUGCACUUAGAUCUCAUGAUUGGAUUGCCCCUUAUUCCCAUCACCAUACACCUCUCGUCGUUCAAGAUCUACAUAGAUUCGUAUUUGGAUUAUACCCUCUGUAAAGAGACAGCGUUGUCCUUUGACAAUGUCGAUCACCUCGUUUGGGACAGAAACUUUAGCCUCAGCUCCAUGGAUGACAACAACGGCGAUUGCUGGCUGAACUUUAUCAUCGCCAAUUGUCCGUCCAUUCGACAGCUGACCUUCACCAUGACGAGACGCACAUUGCCGCCAUCAUUAGUGGCAUCGGUGGCUUCCACAACAAGACGAUGCGACACCUCUACGUGA